AUGUCGCUAAACCUGUCUCUAUACCUGGUCACGGACUCGACCCCGGCCAUCCUCAAGGGCAGAGAUCUGUGCACGGUAGUAGAACAGGCCCUCCAAGGAGGCGUAACGGUGGUGCAAUACCGGGACAAAUCCAAUGACACCGGUGUCCUUGUGGAAACUGCACGGAAAUUGCACCAGGUGACCAAGAAGUACAAGGUCCCUUUGCUCAUCAAUGACCGAGUUGAUGUAGCUCUCGCUAUUGGGGCCGAGGGUGUGCACUUGGGUCAAGAUGAUAUGAAAUACGAGCAGGCAAAGCUGCUGCUACCAAAGGAUGCCAUCAUCGGAAUCAGCACUUCCACCGUUGAAGAAGCCAAAAAGGCCGUCGCCGAUGGUGCCGACUACAUCGGAAUUGGUACCAUGUUUGCGACCCCCACCAAAACAAACACCAAAUCAGUCAUCGGUACUGCCGGUACUCAAAUUAUCCUGGACGCUAUCAAAGACUCUUCCAUUGGCACUGUCUCUAUCGGUGGUAUUAAUCACUCCAACGUGCAGCGAGUGAUCUACCAGUCCAAGUCCCCUGCGAAAUCACUAGAUGGCGUGGCCAUUGUCAGCGCCAUUGUGGCAGCCGAUGACCCCAAAGCAUCUGCUGAGCACUUCACCGAGCUGAUCAACAACACUCCUCGCUUUGCGCUGACUUCACAGUCUCCUCGUGCCAAUGAGGCAGAGGCUUUAUUGAACGAUGUACCCCAAACCAUUCGCAAGAUGGUAGAGGUGCAUCCUUUAGUACACAACAUGAUCAACUUUGUCGUCUCGAACUUUGUGGCCAACGUUGCCCUUUCCAUCGGCGCAUCUCCUAUCAUGUCGCCAUACGGAGACGAAGCCACAGACCUGUGCAAAUUUGAUGGCGCCCUCCUAAUCAACAUGGGAACAUUGACCAGUGACAGUGCUUCCAACUAUCUAAAAGCCAUCAAGGCCUACAACGAGCGUGGGAAUCCAGUAGUUUACGACCCCGUGGGUGCGGCUGCGACAGAGAUUCGUCGUAAUGCGGUCUCCCAGCUUAUGGCCGGAGGAUACUUCGAUCUCAUCAAGGGCAACGAAGGCGAGAUCCGACAGGCUUGGGGCAGUGGUGCCGUUCAACAGCGCGGUGUCGAUAGCGGGCCGAGCACCUUGGAUGGUAAACAGAAGGCCACGUUGGCACGAGACCUAGCGCGCAGAGAGCGCAAUGUUGUUCUCAUGACUGGAGCGACAGACUACCUGAGUGACGGUGAACGGGUGAUUGCCGUUGAGAACGGGCACCCAUACCUGGGCCAAGUGACUGGAACCGGUUGCGCCAUUGGAACAAUCUCCGGCUGCUUCCUGACUGCCCACCGCUCGGACAGACUUCUCGCUGUGCUUUCUGGGAUCCUGAUGUACGAGAUCGCAGCGGAGAAUGCUGCUUCUAAGGAGUAUGUCCGCGGUCCUGGUAGCUUUGUGCCGGCGUUCCUGGACGAGCUCUAUGCCAUUCGCACUGCCGCGUCACAAGGUGAUGACAGUUGGUUUGCCGAUAGAGCUAAGGUGCAUGAGGUGAAGUUGUAA